AUGCCGGACAAAGAAGACGUGUCACAUGAUGUUCGUCUUGCACCAAAGCAGGAGCCGUUCACCCUCAAGCCCUUGAUUGCGGACAUUCUGCGAACGCGCUUCUGCGUGCCGGGCUCCCGGUUCCUUGUGGAAGAUAUUACCAAGACGUCCGUGUCGAGCUCCGGCAGAUGGAAGGCGGCACAAAUCCUGCUCAGCGAUGGCGAGCUGUGCAUUCAGGCCCUGAUGAGUGGCCACCUCUACCGGUAUCUUGACACUGGUGAGGUCUCGGUGGGGUGCUACGUCAAGGUAGAGUCCUUUGACAUUCGACGACUUACUUUAGAAGACAAGAGCGAGAUGGUUUAUUUGGUUGUGGAGGAUAUCAUCACGAUUGGGUGGAACGAUGGAUACCGCGCCCUAUACGCAGCGGAGAAUGCGGACAGCAUGGAAGAGCUUGCCUCGGAGCACGACCUCGACGUGGAAGAGCAACAACUCGAGUACAGACCCGACGAGGUCGCGCAGGCCCAGGCUGCUGAAUCCUUUGAGCAGCCGAACGAGGAAGACGAGAAAGCGUUUGAGGACGCCUUUGAGGCAUUCGAGGCAAAGACAUUCCCGCUCAAGACGAAAUCGAGGGAGCAGAAGCCGGCGCCCUCAUCAGGAGCAGUCGCUCUACCCAAAGAUUGGCAGAACCGUCAGCAGCCACUUCGCCUCACGCCACUGCGAUCCAUUCCCCGGCUGCCAUACGCGCAAAACUGGUGCUGCAACGUCCUGGCCAUUGUGACCUCGCUGUCUCCUGUCGAGGCGUCAUACCUGCCUCCGUAUCGCCAGCGGACGGCGAGACUAGCUGAUCCGUCUACAUCCAAGCACGUCCACCUGACUGUGUUUCUGGAGCCGGAGAACUUUGAGCCCAAGAUCGGUAGCGCGGUGCUGCUCGUCGGCGUCAAGAAUCAUCGGUUCGACGGCGGAAGUCUGAAGAAGUAUGCUAGUGAUGCGGACAGGACGGGGGGUGGCGAGUGGUGGCAUGAAGAUCCCCUUGAUUUGGAGUGGUGCGACGUGGCUGGCAUCAAGGAGUGGUGGGCAACAGUGCAGGCUGCGAUGGCUGCGUAG